CGGACUCUGGAUCGGCUGAGUUCACCUCAGCCUUUGACAAAACCCACCUCAUAAAUGGCGCCCGAGCAGGGACCCAGCUCUGCAGGCGCAUGUGCAAAAAACUUAACAAGCACCAACACUGCGGAAGCGGGCUCGCCGAACACACCACAACCAACAGAUGACACACGCGCCAGGGAGAGUAACACCAAUACACUGAACGUCGACUCCCUCAGCUGGAUAUAUCUGCUAAAGAAGGAGAAGUUAAUAGAGGAGUGCAAGCGGCAUCGAAUUUUCGUAGAGGGAUAUACAGCCGCCGACCUGCGCAACGCGCUUAGCGCAUAUGUAAAAGCGAAGCGACAUCGCAAAUCAACAGAGGAUUUAUUAAGAGAUUUGGAAGAGGAGAUUAAAGCAGAAGAGGAGAGACCAGUAAAAAUGCAGCCCAGCACCAUGCCCACCGUCCGGAUCGACAACUAUAGUCCACCGCCACUGGAGAUGAAGCCUGCAACAAAGCGUGGCGAGAUCAGCGACGCCGAGCUAAUGAAUACCGUUCGCCGAUGGGACGUACAUUUUUCGGGAGGCGACGCGCUACACGACUUCUUGGAGAGGAUCGAAGAGCUAGCCGAAUGCUACCGCAUCCCGCUAGACAACCUCCUCCCAACCCUACCUGAAGUGUUACGCGGGAAGGCUCUCCAAUGGUUCCGCGUACGAAAACCACAGCUACAUUCGUGGGCAGCGUUUCGUGCAGAAAUAGAGCGGUUCUUCCACCGACGCCAACAAAGCCGAGAGAAGGCCAAGGAUUACAUCUUGGCAUUACAAACGCUUAUACGCCAACACCCGACCAUGUGCGGAGAGGAUCACUUGGAACGCAUCUACGAUGGUCUACGUGUGGAGUAUCGUCUCUUCGUCAAGCGAGGGGAGUUUAAAACGAUCGAGGAGCUGAUGGAUCUCACCGACGAAUUUGAGCUUCUGAAGGGUGAAGAGGCCAGAAACAGCCGACAAGCAGCACACAGCCUAGCUCCCCUAGAAGAAAGGUACAGCAGAGAGGAAUCCUGCUGGCGUUGCAAAGGACGCGGCCACCUCCGCUUCCGAUGCCGAAGGACAAAAAGGCUGUUCUGCUCUAGAUGCGGCCGAGAUAACGUCCUCUCCCGGGAUUGUCCGUGCAACACUGCCACCGCUAAGCCGCCCCGCAAAAUACGCAGCACCGGAACAGCUCCGAUCGCCGCCGUCCCUGUAGACACUAACACCCAACAAGUAGGAAAAGCAGAUGGUCGCUACUACAUCAAUGUGAGCGUAGAAGGUAUCAGCGUACGGGCACUAUUGGACACCGGCGCAACGCUCACCUACAUUGACGAGUCCAUACGUCAACACCUGGAAGAGAGGAAAAUCCAGCAUCGACCCAAUCACCGAAAUGUACAACUGGCCGAUCAAACAUGCGUCUCCAGCUUGUACACUUAUCCAGUAAGGAUAAUGUACAACAAGCGAGCCACAACCACCCUGGCUUCGGCACUCCCACAUCUUGCCGAACGCAUGAUCCUGGGGAUGGAUUUCCUUAGGGACAGAGAGGCCAUCCUUACCCUGGACGGACAACCACUGCCCGCACCCACCCCGCGAACAACGGAUGCACCCGCCCAGCUAUACACAUUAACCGAGAGAGAGCAUCUGAACGGAGAACAGAAUAAGCAGCUGGCCGAAUUCCUGGCACACCACCAACAGACCUUCAGUGGGAUUAACGGACCAAGCACCGCCGCUGAGCAUGUGAUCACCCUUAAGCAUAACCGGCCGCUGAAACAGCGUUAUUACCCCCGCAAUCCAGCCAUGCAACAGGUGAUCAAUGCUGAAGUCGAUGUAGGAUUAAUGGCCACCAUGCAGUGCUCGCAACCAUGGGAAAUCGUCACGGCCGACUUCGUAGGACCACUUCCACGCUCCAAACAAGGAAACACGUGCCUCCUCGUCCUGGUCGACAAAUUUUCUAAAUGGGUUGAGUUAGUUCCCGUUCGCCAAGCCACCACCGCCAACGUCAUCAAGGCACUCCGGGAGAGAAUCAUUUACCGGUUUGGCUGCCCAGCCAUCUUUCUCAGCGACAACGGAAAGCAGUUUGUGGGUAAAGCCCUAGCGGAAUUUCUCAGCGAGCACCGCAUAGAGCACAAAUUCACCGCAGCCUACGCUCCUCAUGAAAACCCGACCGAACGAACCAAUCGGGUAGUUAAAACCAUGAUAGCACAGCGUUCAAGGACAGAUCAUCGUACCUGGGAUCAGGAGCUCUCCCAGAUCGCCUUUGCCAUCAAUACGGCCCAGCACGAAUCAACGCGAGCAUCCGCCGCGGAGAUCAACUUCGGACGCAAUCCAGCGGCGCCACGGCAGAUGCGCACCGAAGGGGCAGUACCCGAGGAACAUCCCAUGGCAUCCCCAGCCAUCACCGAGCUAUGGGCAGAGAUAAAGGGGCACCUCGCCGCGGCGGCCAAACAGCAAAAACGGUACUACGACCUACGCAGACGGCCGUGGAAACCUAGAGUAGGAGAGAAGGUGAUGAAGCGAGAUCACCCCCUCUCCUCGGCUGCCGACAACUAUGCUCAGAAGCUCGCGCCGAAAUUCUCAGGCCCAUAUACGAUCACCAAAUACAUCUCCUCCAACACGGUGACACUCGUAAACCCCGAGCGGCCCGACAAACAACCAACGCACGCGCACCUGCAGGACCUGAAGCCGUUCAACGCAUAACAACAGAAACCCGUUCUCUAUCUUAUCAUUUCAGAUUACCCCGCCAGUCACGUCAGAUACACCGAAGUGAUGAGUCGCAGAAAUCGCCACCCAGCUCCGCCGGAUGA